AUGUCUACCCACAUUGAUAACCUCUGGAUAUUCGCCCUGGCUUCAAAAUGCACACAAGAAAACAUUGUUUACUCUCUCUUGAUCAUGGCUUUACUCUGGCUAACCAUGAAUUUCUUUUACUGGUCUCACCCUGGUGGUCCUGCUUGGGGCAAGUACUAUUAUUCCAACAACAUCAACAAAAACAAAAACAACCUUAAUUCAUCUCCUAUGUUCAUUCCUGGUCCUAACGGUUACCCUCUAAUUGGAAGCAUGAACCUUAUGUCUUCUUCACUAGCUCACCACCAUAUCGCUUCCGCCGCAAAAACAUGCAAAGCAACUAGACUCAUGGCUUUCAGUCUCGGUGUCACACGUGCCAUAAUCACGUGUAACGCUGAUGUAGCCAAAGAGAUUCUCCAUAGCUCUGUUUUUGCUGAUCGUCCUAUCAAAGAAUCAGCUUAUUCUCUCAUGUUCAAUAGAGCCAUAGGUUUCGCACCUUACGGUGUUUAUUGGCGAACCCUUCGAAAAAUCUCAACCAACCAUCUUUUCUCACCCAUGCAAAUCAAAUCAUCUGGGCCACAACGCACUGAAAUUGCGACUCAGAUGAUUGAUUUGUUUCGAAACCGCGGGUUCGGUCCAGUCCGUGAUGUUUUGAAAAAAGCAUCGCUUAAUAACAUGAUGUGCUCUGUUUUUGGACAGAGGUUUAAGAUUGAUGAAGUUAAUGAGAGAGUGAUGGAACUUAGUGGGUUGGUUGAACAAGGUUAUGAUUUGUUGGGUUCUCUUAAUUGGGGUGAUCAUCUUCCUUUUUUGAAAGAUUUUGAUGUUCAAAAAAUCCGGUUCAAUUGUAAUAAUUUAGUACCGAAUGUGAACCGGUUUGUUGGUUCAAUCAUUUCCGACCACCGAGCCGACAAAAACCAAACCAACAAGGAUUUCGUUCAUGUUCUGCUUUCUCUUCAAGAACCAGAUAAAUUGUCUGACUCCGACAUGAUCGCUGUUCUCUGGGAAAUGAUAUUUAGAGGGACCGACACGGUUGCGGUUUUGAUAGAGUGGAUACUAGCGAGGAUGGUGCUUCAUCCUGACGUGCAAAGGAAGGUACAAGCUGAGCUUGACACGGUGGCGGAAGGAGGUGCAUGUGGUAUUAUGGAGGAGGACAUGGCGGCGACGGUAUAUUUACAGGCGGUUAUAAAGGAGGUUUUAAGGUUGCACCCGCCAGGCCCACUACUUUCGUGGGCCCGACUGGCCAUCACCGAUACGACAAUUGAUGGGUAUCACGUGCCAGCGGGGACGACAGCUAUGGUAAAUAUGUGGGCCAUAGCUAGGGACCCAAAAGUGUGGAGGGACCCACUUGAAUUUAAUCCCGAGAGGUUUAUGAGUGAAGAAGGUGUUGAGUUUUCGGUUCUCGGGUCGGAUCUUAGGUUGGCUCCUUUCGGGUCGGGUAGAAGAAGUUGCCCCGGAAAGAAUCUGGGUUUAGCUACGGUGACUUACUGGGUUGCUAAGCUUUUGCAUGAGUUUGAAUGGAAGCCGUUGGAUGGAUUGGAUGGAAUGGUCGGUGUGGAUUUAACGGAGGUUCUUAGGCUUUCUUGUGAAAUGGCGAAUCCUCUUAAUGUUGAAAUGGUCCCAAGGCGUUUAGUUAAAUAA